UGUCCUUGUACUUCCCCGUCGCAUGACGUGGUCGUCGAGCAGCGACGCGGCGGAGGCGGAGGGCGGGGAGGAGAAAUUUGCCAUUACGCAUGGCGCCGUCGUUGUAGGUGCGGAGCAGCCCCGACAGGGAGGAGAAAUUUGCCAUUACGGCGUGGGCGGGCUCGCCUAACCACGACAUCGCCUUCGACUCCUCCUGGGGGCUCCUCGACGACCUAGAUAUACUCGUCAAGCGCCUCCGCUCAAAGCAGGUGCGGAAGGGCUCCAUCGACGGGAGCGGCGGCGCCGGCAACAGCAACUUCGACUCCUUCUCCGAGGCCGGGUGGUCCAGGGAGAUCUCCGGCGCGGCGGAUUCGGCAUCCACCAGCGCCCCGUGGGACGAGACGAGCCGUGACUACCUCACCUUCGUCAAGGAGUACCGAGAAGCCGCCAUAUUGUGCCCAUCUCAUGCCAGGGCACUCAAGCUCCUGGGGAGCGCUCUCUUUGGCGUUGGGGAGUACCGAGCUGCUGAGAAGGCACUGGAGGAGGCCAUCUUCCUGAAGGAAGACUAUGCUGAUGCGCACUGUGACCUUGGGUCGGCCCUGCAUGCAGUAGGGGAGGAUGAUCGUGCUAUCCAGGAGUUUCAGACAGCAAUUGAUCUCAAACCUGGCCAUGUUGAUGCCUUAUACAAUCUUGGUGGAUUGAACAUGGAUGCUGGCCGCUUCGUACGGGCUGCAGAGAUGUAUACUCGUGUGCUGAGCAUCCGACCAAACCAUUGGCGUGCACAGCUAAACAAGGCGGUGGCUUUGCUUGGGCAGGGUGAAUCUGAGGAGGCUAAGAAGGCACUCAAGGAGGCGUUUAAGAUGACACAGAGGGUGAAAGUGUAUGAUGCUAUCUCACAUUUGAAGACAUUGCAAAAGAAAAAGCCAAAGCCUUCCAAAGGAAAAAAUGAUGGUCAAGGGGAGCAGACUUAUGUUAAUGUGGAGGCAUCCAAGUUCAAGAGGGUUGGCAGGAAGACUACCUUGCGGCAGGAUUUGGCCAAUGCUCUAGAUAUAAGGGCCUUCGAGAGGAUGACGAAGCUAGGCCACUGCGAUGUGGAGCUUCUUAGAAAAGAGAUGAAUGAGACUGAUGUCCCCGUAUCUUACUCAGACACUGGCAUCCCUGAGAAGUCAAUACGCAAAGCAGCUCUUGAGGUUAUUCUCCGCAGGCUCCUCUCUUUUCUCAAGCCAAACACCUUUCAGGUGCCAUCAAGGCAAUCAACGAAAGAAUUCUCUCUGUCCUUGAUGCUCCUGGUUCUGGUCGUGUUGAUCUGGGUAUGUUCUUCGCCAUCAUUGCUCCAAUCUGUUCAGGCCCUGUGGAUAGGCGCAAGCGUAUCGUCUUUGAUGCACUUCUUUGGCGUCAUACACGGAAUUAUUAGAGAUGUUCAAUGACCCGGAUUGGGGAUUUGGGAUCCUGAGCACUCUGGUGAAGCUCGAAGAGGGUGACCACAUACGCCAUGGUAGCCACACAUCCCAGUCCCCCGAGCUCGUAGUAGUCGCUGCCACCGUGACGGGCUCCGCUGCGGGCGCCGAGGACGCAUGGCGAUGACGGUCGUCCUUGGCAGACGCGGAAGCGGAAGUCGCGGAGGAAGAGGAGUCCCCGUCGCCGCCGCCGAGGAGACCACAGAGGAUGGCGAAGAGCACGAGGCAGAGGAGACCACAACGGAAAUAUGACGGCGUGAGUUUGAGAUCGUCGUUAACGGAAAUAUGACGGCGUGAGUUUGAGAUCGUCGUUACUUGUUAAUAGAGUUGUCAUGUUCAUUUUAGAGUGUUGGCUAUACCCAGCUUUUCUAUAACGGAGAAACCCUCCGAGCCUCUAUUUCGUCGUCGUGUUUCAUAAUGUCAAGUCUCUCUAGCACGCCUGUACCUAAACCUCGCAAAAGCCUAACCCAAACCCUAGCACCUCUCGAAAUCUCCCCGCGAAAGACAGCCUUCUGGUCACAUGGAUUUCGGUCGCCGGAAGGCGGCGGCGCUGGCUGCGCUCUCCUCGCCGACGCCGGACAGGUCCCCGAAGGGCGGUGUCGACGCCCCGAUCGCUCCGCUCCUCGAUGCCCUCAACUCCCACCCGGACCUCUUCACUACCUCCUCCUGCUCCGGCCGCGUCUCCGUCCUCGCGCAGCCUCCGCCGCCGCAUGAGGGCUGGGGCGAGGGCGCCCCCAAGCCGAAGAAGAAGGCGCGGGGCGGCGGGUGGGUAUACGUAUCGCACGACCCUGCCGAUCCGGACGCUGUGGUGGAGCAGCUGUUCGGCGGGAGCGGGUCGGGAGUGGCGGGGGACGAGCUGGUGUUCAGGUUCGAGCCGAUGAUCGUGGCGGUGGAGUGCAGAGACGUUGCCGCAGCUGCGGCGCUCGUCGCAGCCGCGAUCGGUGCGGGGUUCCGGGAAUCAGGUAUCACAAGCUUGCAGAAACGUGCAAUGGUAGCAAUAAGAUGCUCAAUUCGCAUGGAAGUGCCACUGGGGCAGAUUGACGAACUUGUUGUUUCUCCGGAGUAUGUCCGCUACCUUGUUAGAAUUGCCAACAGUAAAAUGGAGGCAAAUAAAAGGCGAAUGAAUGGAUUUUUGGAUCUCUUGCAAACUAAGGGUUUGUCAUACCCAUCAGGGUUAUCAAACAACUCUAAUAGUGGUGGUCAGUCUGAUGAUUACGAGGCUUCUGUGGGUCCUGAAGUUAAGAUACCAUCAGAUACAAGUGCCAAAACAAAUGAUGAGUACUUAGUUACAAAAAUGAGAAAUGGUGGACGUAGUCGUGAUGAUGAUGAUACAGGUUCAAUAGAAGCACAGUAUUUUGGAAAACAAGACUCUGCAUGGAGCCAGGGUGUCAAUCAUGGUUCUGGUAAUGCUAAACGAUUAUUAACGCUGGAGAAGCUGCGAGAAAAUAAAAAUCAUCUCUCUACCACAACAUUGAAGAUUAGCGGUGAACCAAUUGAGAAGCUCUUCUUAUGGGGCCAAGCCUCUUGUGUGUUUACUAUUGGAGAAGAGCAGCAGGUCCUAACUUUUGGUGGUUUUGGGGGACCAGGGCGACAUGCAAGGAGAAACUAUUCCCUUCUACUCGAUCACAAAUCUGGUCUGUUGACAGAAAUGAUCUUUAAAGCAUCUCCUUCACCACGGAUGGGGCAUACAGUUACUGCAGUUGAUAAUACCACUUAUAUAAUUGGAGGUAGAGGUGGCCCUUCAGAAAUUCUUGAUGAUGUCUGGAUUUUGCCAAGUGUUGGGAAUACAUGGUCAAAACUGGAGUGUUGUGGAGAUCUGUUCCGACCAAGGCACCGACAUGCAGCUGCUGCAGUAGCUUCAAAAAUUUAUGUAUUUGGCGGACUCAGUAAUGAAGGCAUAUAUUCUUGUAUGAAUGUAUUAGACACAAAAAAUAUGCAAUGGAGUGUACUUGCUGCUUCAGGCGAAUGGCCAUGUGCUCGACAUUCACAUUCUAUGGUCUCAUAUGGUACAAAUCUAUUCAUGUUCGGAGGUCAUGAUGGCCAACGGGCACUGAAGGACUUCUACAGUUUUGAUACAACAAAACUUAGGUGGAACAAGGAAAACACAAAUGGGGGAACUCCGUCACCUAGAUUUUCACACUGCAUGUUCAUCUACAAAAAUUAUCUUGGGAUACUUGGUGGCUGCCCUAUUACAGAAAACAAUCAAGAAGUUACAUUGCUGAACAUAAAUCAUCGAGUCUGGUUUUGUGUUUCGGUUCCAUUGCUGAGCCAGUCCCUCUGUGUCCGUAGUUCAUCGGUUGUCAUUAAAGAUGAUCUUGUUAUUUUAGGUGGUGGUGCAUCUUGUUAUGCAUUCGGAACCAAAUUCAGUCAACCAAUAGUUCUUGAUCUGCAUUCAGUGGAGUCUAUGUUUAAAUAUGAUAGGAACAAAGAUGGCACAGUUCAAAGGCGUGAUGCAAUAUCUGUUGUUGAAUUGUCAAGAGAUGAACAAAAUGGCAUCCUUGAUCAUGACACAAAAUUACAAGAUGCUUGUUCGGGUAGUUUGACGGACUCUAGCCCUCUGGUUCUUCAACUGGGGAAGACAUAUGCCAAAUUAGCAAAGGACAUUAUGAAAAAGUUUGGAUGGUUGGAUCUUUCUAGAAAAGUUCGAAUAAGUCAUGAUAAUGGCCAUGUUCUUUUUCCUAUUAACGAAUCUUUCUGUGCCCUAAAUGCUGAAGAGCAUAUCAAUAGGAAUCUUGAUGAUUCAUGUACCUUUGGGGAAUCAUUAGUAUUUUCUGAAAAGAAGCUUGUAGGGGACAACCUAUCUCUUCAGGAUGCAUUAAUUUUUUUUUCAUCUUGCAAUGGUUCCGUUAUGAAAGAUGAACUAGCCAUCAGCCGAAAGCCUUCCAAGUCUCCUCAAACUAUCAUGAAAGAACUUGUAUCUUCUCUACUGGAAAGUAAAGGGAUGCCCUCUCAGUUGUUGCAGCAGCUUCCGGCUAGGUGGGAGACACUUGGUGAUAUCGUCAUACUUCCAAAGACAUGUUUUAAGAAUCCAUUGUGGGAAUCUGUUAGCGAGGAACUUUGGCCACUAGUUGCCAAGUCACUUGGUGCACAACGUCUUGCACGCCAAGGUAAAAUCAUGCCAAAUGGCACAAGAGAUAGUACACUGGAACUUCUUCUGGGUGAUAACGGAUGGGUUACCCAUUAUGAAAAUGGCAUCUGCUAUUCACUUGAUGCAACAAAAUGCAUGUUUUCUUCUGGUAAUCGUUCAGAGAAACUUCGCAUGGGACAGCUAAACUGCAGAGAUGAGGUGGUCGUGGAUUUGUUUGCUGGAAUUGGAUAUUUUGUUCUUCCAUUUCUUGUGAAGGCUAAUGCCAAGCUAGUUUAUGCAUGUGAGUGGAAUCCACAUGCUCUGGAGGCUCUUCGGCGCAAUGUUAGUGACAACAGAGUGGAGGAUCGAUGUAUUAUACUUGAAGGAGAUAACCGGGUGACUGCACCCAAAAGUGUUGCUGAUCGAGUCUGUCUUGGAUUGUUACCCUCAAGUGAAUGUAGCUGGGCCACUGCUGUCGAAGCUUUAAGGGUUGGCGGGGGCGUGUUGCAUAUUCAUGGGAAUGUUAACGACUCUGAUGAGACACGCUGGUUGGACAGUGUUGUUGAAUCCAUCAGUAAUGUCGCCAAAAAUCAUGGACUAUCUUGGAACGUGUCAGUGGAGCAUGUUGAACGUGUCAAAUGGUACGGGCCGCGUAUUCGCCACCUUGUAGUUGAUGUUACAUGCAGGCAAAUCUAGCAAAGCAGAUGCGUUCACAGAAUCUUUGUGCACUGUCAGGCCUUGGAUUCUUGGAUAGUUGGAUGCAUAUAUCAUUGCAGAUUGUAAUGCUCAACAGCUUGCAUCGUUUGUGUUUUAGUCUUAAGUGGGUUACAGUACUCUUAGUCAUCAUGGAGCCCUCUGUUGUGACCUUGAAAGCAUGUUCAGGUUCUUGACGACAGUUUCGCAACUGUAUUGCUACUGUAAAGUUGUGUUCUUGGACCGAGUGUAUUUAUCUUAUGUAUCUUUUGUUUUCUUAUAUAAGAUGCUUUAUUACGUUGUUUGAA